AUGAACAUUGCUAGUGCCAGCCAAUCCCGCCCGUCAGGGCCGAUCUCAACUUCCCGUACGUCGACAUUGGCGUCUACCACCCAAACCCGCCGUCAUAAAUUCUCCGCCGACCGAAACUUUGUCGUAUUCCCCGUCCAACUCGACCAGCGCGACCAGCCGAAAUCGCCACACGAGGCCUUCCCGUUUACGUCCUACACCACCACCGACCUCAAGCUGAGACACAGCUACGAUCCUCAUUUGGCCAAGGAUGUCGACAAAAUCUGGGUCAGCACCGCGAGCUACUACAAGCAGAAACAAAGCCCGCAGCACGAAUUUAUCAUCUUCUCGGUCACGGGCAGUAAUGGAAUGCAAAACUUUAUCGCGCUCGACCGGAAUGUAAACGUCAAGGGUUCGGGUGCUCUGAUUUCUCGAAAUGGCAAAAACGGACCGCUGGCGCAAGAUUAUUUCCAUGUGUCGCAUUAUGGGGACAUGACGUCGCUUAUUAAUCAUUGUGGCCAUACGAAUUCGGAAGAGACGUGCUCGCAUGUCGAACAGAUCGUAUUUGGCCAGAAGAGUUUCUCAUUUGCCCAACUCGUUGUCAUGGCCAGCACCAUCAGCGAGGUGUGCCCCGCCUACCGACUAGGCGCCACAAACUGCUACUGGUUUGCUAGUCUCAUUUGGGAGUGCAUUUUCGACAUGUUUAGCGAGGGCGUAAUAGUCCAUACCAGAAAUACCGAUGAAAGAGGGCGCUACAAGGGAGUCAAAGUCCAGGGAAAUCACAACAACUUCCAGGAGGUCGUGCAGCGGUACAAAAAUGAUUUACUUGAGUUUACAAGAGCUGUGCGAGAUGACGCCAUGAGUGCGAUAGAAAGACGCAGUAGACGAUUCUCGACCAUGACGGCCAUUCAGCCCGAAGUCGAGAAGGAUAUCGCUCGAAUCCCUCCUACAGACUCCCACCGCUCACGAAGGGUGUCCACAGCUACCACGUUGGCAGUACCCGAAGUAGUCCCUCGCCCACAAGCUCCUAGUUCGGAGAAAGAUCGCAGGUCUGAGCACCGAAAGUCAGAACGCACAAGGUCCGUUUCGUUAUGCCCAACUAGUCAGCCACAGGACCACACCACGAGGCUCAGCACAGGCAUGAAUAAAGAUUUACCAAGCCUACCGCCUGGCGCUUCUGCCCCCCAAACUGCCCGGCCCCGGACUCGUCCAGUGGAUGAUUCUAGGAGGAACUCGAGAGCGACUAUGAGGGAGUCGGCCUUUCUCCAAGUAUCAGUUCCUGAUGCCAUCCCAAGGGAGAACCACAGGUAUAGUGAUGUCGGAAAGGCUCUGGAACGGGCAACGGCUGCAUAUGAUCGAUCUUCGAGCCGCCCGGUGUCCAUUUAUGUCACGGUACCUCCCAAACAACCUCAGCUCGAGCCAAUUUCAGCUCGUGUUCAGGACAGUAAUCGACUCAAAGCCCAAUCUCUCCCAUCUCGCCCGAAUUCUCCGGGAGACGAACCCAACAAGGAGCGUUCAAGGUCUCCGUCGUUGCCAGCUGGACCAACUCAACCAGAUAAUAAACGAGACUCGUCCAGUCUAAGCCCGGACUUAUCGGCCAACCCCGCACCACGCAAGCGCACGACUAGCAGUUUGGGACGAUUGAGACAAGCCCUUCCCAAACUCCUCCUCCCCACCGUAUCAGAAUCCGAAGACCCGAUUUGCGAGUCGCCUGAGAUUUCUCCAUGGGUCGAACUUGAGUCAGGCGAUUAUCUCGAGAACCAUCCAUUUGCCGAUAAUUCCAGCGAGAGACUGAGCUACAUUGAGUUCCCUCAACCUCCGGGCGUACGAGUUGCACAAGGUCAUAGGACAAGAGUUCACCCAAGCCGCAUUGAGCGUGCAGACGGUUCCAGGAGGCGAAGGUCGCAAAGUUCCGUCGAGUGUGAUCGGGAUUCCAGGUACUCUUCAUUUGGGUCGCAGUCGUGA